GUCUUAAUGGCCACAGAAGCCACUUGGGAGAUGGUCAUUGAGCAGCUGCCGGCGGAUGUCCUGCGACUGAGCAAGCCCUUGUGUGACGCCAUCAUCAUGCCUUUGGAGAUGGAGCCCAAAAUGGGCACGCUCGCCUUCGGGUGCCAGCGGAGCUCCGCCUCGGACGACGACUCCGGCUGCGCGCUGGAGGAGUACGCCUGGGUGCCCCCUGGCCUGCGGCCCGAACAGGUGCAGCUGUAUUUCGCCUGCUUGCCGGAGGAUAAGGUUCCUUACGUCAACAGCCCCGGGGAGAAACAUCGCAUCAAGCAGCUGCUGUACCAGCUGCCCCCACAUGACAACGAGGUGCGGUACUGCCAGUCUCUGAGCGAAGAGGAGAAGAAAGAACUGCAGGUGUUCAGCGCUCAGCGGAAGAAAGAAGCCCUGGGAAGAGGGACGAUCAAACUCCUGUCGCGCGCGGUGAUGCACGCCGUGUGCGAGCAGUGCGGGCUGAAGAUCAGCGGGGGCGAGGUGGCCGUGUUUGCCUCCCGCGCCGGCCCUGGAGUGUGCUGGCACCCGUCCUGCUUUGUCUGCUUCACGUGUAACGAGCUGCUGGUCGACCUCAUCUAUUUUUAUCAGGAUGGAAAGAUUCACUGCGGCCGGCACCACGCGGAACUGCUGAAACCACGGUGCUCAGCAUGUGACGAGAUCAUCUUCGCCGACGAGUGCACGGAGGCCGAGGGCCGCCACUGGCACAUGAAGCACUUCUGCUGCCUGGAGUGCGAGGCGGCGCUGGGCGGGCAGAGGUACAUCAUGAAGGACGGCCGCCCCUUCUGCUGCGGCUGCUUCGAGUCUCUGUACGCCGAGUACUGCGAGACCUGUGGGGAGCACAUCGGUGUGGACCACGCGCAGAUGGCCUACGACGGGCAGCACUGGCACGCCACGGAGGCCUGCUUCUCCUGCGCGCACUGCAAAGCCUCGCUGUUGGGCUGCCCCUUCCUGCCCAAGCAAGGGCAGAUUUACUGCUCGAAAACCUGCAGCCUGGGCGAGGACAUGCACGCCUCUGACUCUUCUGACUCUGCCUUUCAGUCCGCGCGGUCCAGGGACUCCCGGCGCAGCGUCCGCAUGGGCAAAAGCAGCCGCUCCGCCGACCAAUGCCGGCAGUCUCUCCUCCUGUCCCCCGCCCUGAACUACAAGUUCCCCGGCCUGGCUGGCAACCCUGACGACACCCUCUCUCGGAAACUAGAAGACCUGAGUGUGUCCGGGCCGGGGGCGGGCUUUGCCGGCGAGGACUUCUGGAAAGGCAGGGUAGAGCACGACACUGCAGAGGACCCCGAAGAAUGGGCCGAGCACGAAGAUUACAUGACGCAGCUGCUCCUCAAGUUUGGUGACCAGAGCCUGUUCCAGCAGCAGCCCAGUGAGCUGGAUGUGCGAGCCGGCGACCCCUGGAUUUCGGAUAACAUGGUGAAAUCCAAGACUGAGCUCAAGCCGGCCAGCCAGAGCCUCGCCAGCAAGAAGUACCAGCCCGACAUGUACUGGGCACAGUCCCAGGAUGGGCUGGGGGACUCCGCCUACGGCAGCCACCCGGGCCCCGGCAGUAGCCGGCGGCUGCAGGAGCUGGACCUGGACCAUGGGGCCUCGGGGUACAGUCACGAUCAGACGCAGUGGUAUGAGGACUCCCUGGAGUGCCUGUCAGACCUGAAGCCAGAGCCAAGCGUGCGCGACUCCAUGGACUCUCUGGCUUUGUCCAACAUCACAGGAGCCUCGGUGGAUGGAGAGAGCAAGCCGAGACCGGCGCUGUACUCCCUGCAGGACCUGGAGGCAGAAGACUGUGAGAAAAUGAGCAACAUGGGCACACUCAACUCCUCCAUGCUGCACCGGAGCGCCGAGUCCCUGAAGAGCCUCAGCUCAGAGCUGUGUGCCGACAAGAUCCUGCCUGAGGAGAAGCCCGUGCACCUGCCCGUGCUCCGCCGAUCCAAGUCUCAGUCCCGGCCGCAGCAGGUCAAGUUCUCGGACGACGUCAUCGACCACGGCAGCUAUGACCCCAUCGAAAUCCGGCAGCCGCCCAUGAGCGAGAGGACGCGCAGACGGGUCUACCAGUUCGAAGACAGGGGGUCUCGGCCCCACCACCCGCACCGCCGCAGGAGGAGCAGGAAGUCCCGCUCUGACAACGCCCUGAACCUCGUGGCCGACAGGAGGGCCUCUCCCAAGGACAGGCUGCGGCUCUACAGCCCCGACAGCUACGAGAAAUUCCUGCAGCACAGGAGCGCACGGGAGAUGGGUGCCUACCUGGUGGGCGCCGAGCCCUAUGGGCGCCACGCACACGCCACGUCCGACUACGCGUUGCAGACGCCGCGGGGCGCCCGUUUCCUGGGCCUCUAUGGGGAUGACGACGAUGACUCGUGGUGCUCGUCGUCGUCCUCGUCCUCCGAUUCGGAGGAAGAAGGGUACUUCCUGGGGCAGCCGAUCCCGCAGCCGCGGCCGCAGAGAUAUGGCUACUACACGGACGAGCUGUCCAGUCCCUCGUCUGCACUGUCCGCGCCGCAGUUCGGUCAGAGGACCACAAAAUCCAAGAAGAAAAAAGGGCACAAGGGCAAAAACUGUAUCAUUUCCUAACCGAGGAGCCGUGGAGGUGGCCUGUGGGGCACUGGCUGCAUCCUCCAUCUGGCUCCUGCCGCCGGGAGGUGGCCACAGCAGUUUGGAGUGCUUUCUUUACUCCUGGAGAGGAGAGCCCAGCUGCUGUGGACGCAGCAAGGUGCACCUGCUCCUGCGGCCACACCCCGUGCCUUGCGGCUGCAGCUCGCUGUGACACAGCUGCCGAGGGCUCCUGUCCUGGAGGAGGCCUGCGAGACUGUGUUGAGGCCAUGGCCCCGGCGUGUGGACACUGGAAGAUGGGCAAGUCCAGCCGCUCUGUAAAGCAUAGUGUCUGUCGUUGUCUAAGGUCGGCUCCGGUCCUUGCCGGUCCGUCUUGUGGUGAGGCAUGCCCGUGGUCACGACGACCUGGCUGACACUGCGCCCUGCUGUGUGAGGCCAGCUUGUCCCCUCCCAGCCCCCAUUAGCCAGGUUAGCAUUGCAUUGUAUUAGCUCCAGCUAGCUAAAGAUUGAAAAAAAAGAAAAAAAUUGCUAUUUAUGGUGUUAAUUUCAUAGACUUAAGUGUAUUCCUAAUUUAACGGUGCAAAUACUAAUGUAUAUACUGUACAGUUCAGAUUUUAAAGCUGAUAUUUUUAUAUCCCUGAAUUGCAGGAUGUUUGUUACGCUGCCGUACGAGGUCUGUAGGGAACCAGAAGCGGCAUUUAUGGAGGAAACGACGCUUGUAUUUUAGUCAGGGUUUAGAGUUAGAUGGUCAGAUUUACACUGCCUAGUGAUGGAAAGUUUGGGGUUUUUUUUGUUGUUUUUGGUUUUUUGCUUUUUCAAUAUUAAACAGGCUCUGUAUGCAUGGUGGGGCUGUGUAAAUACUCUUAACUAUGGCCCUGUUAAUCUUACGAGUGUUAUUUAUGGGUCCAGCAAUGUAACUGUACAGAUGUAAAAGCAAGGCCCCCACACACUGCACGUGUGGUGAGGCCGAGUAGAAGCCAUGUGCUUCGUGUGCUCCCCGGGGGGGCUCAGCAGGCGGCUGAGGACUCACAGACCCCUUACCUGGAGGGGCCGUUCCCGUGACCCCUCCCUUCACGCAGAUGUGCUGCCUUUCACAGCAGUUCUGGGCGUGAUUUCCUUACAUUAGAGGAUGCUGUGCCACUGGGUGCUUCGCAUUCACAGGAGGUUCUAGUUCAAGGGAGGCCAUGCUGGAUUGGAACUCAUGAGCCGACAUCUUCCUUUGUGCCAUUCUUGCUUCUGUUGCUCCGUCCUAACUGAAGGGCCCCGUGGCAUCCAGGACCUCCAGGGAGGUAUUUAAUAAACAUUUAAUAAAUAACACACCCUCUUUCAGAAUGCACAUCUUUGUAUGCGUGUCCACAUCACACCCAUUGUGCAUCUCCUUCCAGCCAUGGCGCAUGGUGCAGUCCUGCUACAGGCUGACAGGCCUCCACAAGACCCCACGUGUCCACCAGCCCAGCUAGUGGAUGGGAAAUGGGACUUACGGCACAGGGGUC